UAUCCGAGAUGCUUGACCUCGACGGUUUUGCUGUGAGCCAGGACCUGGUGCCUCCAGCGCCCAUCAAGUCUGCUGGUAUUUCCAAGGUUGAUUUUGAUGGCCUCUUAUCACCCCCACUAAGCCUGCACGAGGAUCUGAAGAAUGGCUGCGGUGGCCAGUUGUGGCCGGCGGGUAUGGUGCUGAGCAAGUACAUGCUGCGGAGGCAUCGCGAUGACGUUGCUGGAAAAAAGAUAGUUGAACUGGGCGCAGGAGGAGGGCUCGUGGGGCUGGCCGUCGCUUUGGGGUGCAACGUCGAUAAAACGCUACAUAUCACGGACCAAAUACCCAUGUUUGACCUCAUGGAACGCAACAUCACCCUAAACGGCCUGGAUUCACGUGUAAAAGCAUCCAUAUACGACUGGGGGGAAGCAACGCCGCCGCAGCUGCCCGCCCACCCAGACAUCAUCCUCGCCGCCGACUGCGUCUACUUUGAACCAGCUUUCCCACUGUUGCAACAAACUCUGAAGGAUCUGAUUGGCGAAAACACCGUGUGCUAUUUCUGCUUCAAGCGGAGAAGGCGGGCCGACCUAACCUUCAUGAAGACUGCGCGCAAAAUGUUCGACGUGCAAGAGGUCGAUGACGACCCAGAUAAACAAAUUUACUCAAGGGAGAAGCUAUUUUUAUAUCGUAUGACGAAGAAGAAGGUGUAGUAAACUAUGGUUGAGCUGUGUGCUAGGCCUGUGAGUGGAAGAUGAGGCUGUUCUCAGCCAUGGCGUUCUACUGGAAUAUUC